UAUCACCACAAAAACCAAUAAACAACCACCGUACAAGUGGCAGCAAAUGAAACAGAUUGCUACAGAACCAUCGAGAUAAAUACACCUCAACAUUUCUCGCCAUCGCCCGUAAGUUUGAACUCAGGUAGCUAUUCAACCAGUGAGUCAUGGCGAUAGAGGCAUGGUUCAUGGAAGAGAGUGAUGAGGAUAAGAGGCUGCCUCAUCAUCGAAGCCCUAAAGAGUUCGUUUCUUUGGACCACCUUGCAGAUCUCGGAGUCCUGUACUGGCAUUUGAACCCAAAGGAUUAUGAGAACGAUGAGGAAUUGCAGAAGAUCAGAGAAACCAGAGGCUACAAUUACAUGGAUAUGCUUGAUUUGUGCCCUGAGAAGGUAGAUAAUUAUGAGGAGAAACUGAAGAACUUUUAUACGGAGCACAUACACGAGAACGAAGAGAUACGCUACUGUCUCGAAGGUUGCGGUUAUUUCGAUGUUCGAGACAAGGAUGACCGUUGGAUUAGCAUCUGGAUCAAGGAGGGAGAUCUGAUCAUCUUGCCAGCUGGCAUUUACCACAGGUUUACCCUGGAUACCAGUAACUACGUGAAGUUGAUGAGGUUGUUUAUGGGAGAGCCGGUAUGGACGGCAUAUAAUCGGCCACAGGAGGAUCAUCCGGCGAGGAAGGAGUACGUCAACAGCUUCACUGAUAAGGUUGGAGUGGCACUUGAAGCUCAUUAAGGCCCAUUUGUGCUUGUAUGAGUAUUGAUUGAUUAUUAUGUAUGAUAUACUUACUUCGAUGUUACAUAUGAAGAAACUUUAAUGGCUAUUGUGAAAUGUAGAACCGAACUCCUCUGGACAAAAUAAUAAUAAUAAUAAUGCUAUUGCCAUUUGAAUCA